AUGACCCAGAUCGAGAGGUACUCUCGAUUGAUGAAGGUGGACAUCAGCAGCGUCAAGGCUCACGUGGCCGUGCACUUUGGGCUGGAGGGUUCGGUGCUGGCGGGCACCAUCCAGGCCAGCGCACCGAAGGUGGAAACCAGCUACGAGAUUGAGUCCCCCGACGACCGGGAACGGGUAGCGGCGGUGCUGCGGAACGCCCGCGACGGGUGUUGGGUGCGGGCCGCGGUCGCCAAUCCCACUCCCUUCGAGGACAGGUCGACGCUGAACGGAGAGCCCAUCUUGUUCGACUGA